CUUCAAAUUUUUCUCUCAACAAAUGGGCAUCAUUCGAUUUCCUUCUUUGACUGCCAAAAAAAAGCAUUUCAGCAAAUUGCAUUCACUUUGCAACCGAAACAAGUUGGAUGUACCCAAAGGCUAUUUGGCUGUCUAUGUUGGAGAAAUUCAGAAGACUCGGUUUGUGGUUCCAUUAUCUUUUCUGGAACAUCCUCUAUUUCAAGAUUUGCUGCGCCAGUCCGAAGAGGAGUUUGGAUUUGACCAUCCCAUGGGAGGUCUAACCAUUCGUUGCCGUGAAGAUGCCUUCACUGAUCUAAUCUCUAGAUUGCCUAUUUCAUGA